AUGGGAGGAGAGGAGCCCCGUCUGGACGCCAGGUGGCGCCAGAGACACUCGGACCGAGACGCGCCCGCAGGAGAGGGUGAAGGUAACCCGGCUGGUGGAGUUAGCGCUCGGAGGAACAGCGGGUCUGGUGGUCGUGAGAGCAGCAGGAGCACCAGUUCAGGGGGCAGCAGCGGGAACGUGGGAACCACCACACACACUGCCUCCAUCGCUUCCAGCAGCGGUACCGGCAGCUCCAAGCCCAGUAGCGCGCUGAGCGGCCGGGGCCGGAGAGCCGAGGGCCGAGGGGCCAACCCGGCGGGGUGCAGCAGCCGCAGCGCCCCGUCCCUCCCGCCGCCUUCCGCAGGUCCGCUCAGGAGCUACCGCUCGCUGAGCCGGCUGGACCAGGGAGCCGCAAGGGACGAACCCCCGUCUGCACGCGUCAUGCCCAACUCCCGAGUCAGACGUGGACCCCCCUCCUCGACCCCCGGGGCUCAGGUGGGCAGUGUCUCCCGCAGCGAGGCCGAUCAGCUGGGAGGGAUGGACUCCUGCCCUCCGUCCAGUGAUGUUCGUCAGCCGCACCAUCAUAACCAAACAAGGGCUGAAGCAGCCGACCGCAAGAAAGGAUGGAUGAUGCGCCAGGACUCAAAGGGACAGUGGCAGAGACACUGGUUUGUGCUGGACCACCAGACCCUCAGCUUCUACCGGGACCCCGCGGCUGAAGAGUCGUUGGAGGCGGACGGGGAGAUGGACCUGUCUACCUGCUAUGACAUCACAGAGUACCCCGCUCACAAGAACUACGGCUUCCAGGUCCAUACCAGAGAUGGAGUUCACACGCUGUGUGCUCUGACCUUCGGGACCAGGCAGAACUGGGUCCAGGCGGUGCUGACCAACACGAGGCCUGACCUUAACCGAGAGGUCAAGGGCGUUUCUACAAAGUCCUCGGGGCAAGACGGCGGCAGACGGGCCCGGCGCGCGUCAUGUGACCCCCCUGAGGCCCGCCGCCGGUCAUGUGACCCCUCUGAGGCCACGUCCCAGCAGCCUCAGGAGGAGGCGCAGGAGCAGGCGGCGGAGGCUGCAGACGGGGCCGCCCUGCUGUCGGAGUCUCCCUCCCCCGCCGUCUCCUCCUCCUCGUCCUCUGGCAGCUCGUCGGCCCCCUCCUCCUCCCCGGUCCCCAGAGUCCUUCUCCAGUUCAUCAUCCUCUGUGGCUCCUCUCUGUAUCAUCUACCCCUCAGGGGCAGCGGAUCCCUGCGGUGGGCCGAGGGGGGGGAGGCGGGGCAGGGAGGGCCGCAGGUGGAGCCCUCGGCCCCCGUCAGCUACGCCCGUGGCACCCCACAAGAGAAGGAGAAACCGACGACUGAGACGAAAACUGGACAGCUUCUGGAAGAGCUGGACCAAACCCAGCGGGAGCUGACCCGUCUGCAGCAGCUGAACAAGAACCUGCAGGAUCAGCUGGAGCGAGAGAGGCAGUACCUCCUAGCAGGGGAGGUUCAGAACGGAGCUUCAAGUUCACCGUCGCAAGCGACUGCUUUCCACCGGCUGCAGAGGAUUAACCACGACCUCGGCCACGAGCUGGCGGAUCACAGGCCGAGCCAAGAGGAGGGCAAAGAGGCGGAGCUCCGCAGGAGGGUGGAGCUGUGGGCGCAGCAGUCCCAGCUGCAGCUCACCGGCGACGCCGCCGCUCCCGCGUGCGUCCAGCUGGGGAAGGACCGCCGGCCCUCUCAGGACCGCCGGCCCUCUCAGGACCGCCGGCCCUCUCAGGACCGACAGCACCCUCAGGAACAGCAGUACCCUCAAGACCGCAGAGAAGAGUGGGAGCGUCAGAUCACAUCUCUGCAGUCCCAGCUGCAGCAGAGUGAAGACCAGAGGAGAGAGGCGGAGAGGUCCCUGCUGAAGCUGCAGCAGGAGGCGCAGCAGGAGGCACAGCAGGAGGCACAGGGCCACCAGGCCGUCCAGGCGGAGGCCGACCGCCUGAGGGAGCGGCUCCGCGAGGCGACGCUUCGCCUGCGCUCCAACGAGGAGGCACAGGCCCAGAAGGAGGUCCGCCUGCAGAAGCACCUGGUGCUCCUGCAGGAGAGUCAGGACCGGGAGCGCAGGAGGCUGGCCUCAGGCCUGGACCAGGCAGAGCGUCUCUCCCUGGACCUCCAGGAGAAACUGGCCAGAGCAGAGCAGCAGGUGCAGAGUCUGAGUAAAGGCCCCUCCUGGACCAGGGACAUCCAAGAGGCUCAACAGCAGCUCCAGGAGGAGCUGGCGUGCACGGUGGCUGCCGUACAGACACUACAGGACGAAAGAGAGCAGCUCAGAUGCCACUGCCAAGAGCUGGAGAACCAGCUGGGGGAGGUGGACGCAGAGGUGGACAGGUUGCAGAAGCGCCUGAAGACAGAGGAGACGGACUACUACAACCUAGAGCACUCCUUUGAGCGGGUGAGCGAGGACCUGCAGCUGGCCCAAGGGAAGGUGGAGGAGCGGGAGGGAGAGCUGCAGGAGAUACGAGAAGGUUACGAGAGGCUUCUGGACCGCAAGGAGCAGGAUCUCAGUGAGGUCUUAUUGAAGAUGGAGGUUCUGGGGAACAGUCUGGAAGAGACCGAAGUUAAACUCAGCGAGGUGCUGAAGGUAAGCUCAUGUGCUUCUCCUGAGCAGGACCAGUCUGUGAUAUCGGUGAAGUAUGACCAAAGGCAGAAGGACGAAGCCCCUCUCGAUAUGAGCAACGGCCUUCCUAAGGUUCGGUCCAACAGCCUGACGUCCACCAGUCUAACCGGCAUAGAGGUCAACCAGCAGAACAUCGAUCCACCCGAUGAAGAACACGCCAGAAGCCGGUCUCGUUCGAUCGACCCCUCGUUCCAGUACUUUGUCACAAACGAAGAGGACCAGGACAGGUUCAUGGCUGUGAUCCAGGUCCUUGAGACCAAGCUCUAUGUCACGGAGGAGAAGCUCAGGAACAUUACCCAAAGACUGGAGGACCACCAGAGUCAUACGACGUGCCAGGACCCUCACCUCUGCUCUCAGCUCACUCAGAGCAAAGCCACCGCGCAGCACCUGAGCCUGCUGCUCCACAAACAGGCCAAGCAGAACCAGCGCUUCGCCCAGCAGACGGAGCAGCGGUCCAGGCUACUGGUCCACACCUUCAGGGCUGCGCUGGCGGCGGUGGAGGCAGCGAGGCAGACACUGUUCGCUCUGCAUCACAAUCUCAAAGACGGCCACAACAGAAUCGACGCCACAGAGCUGGAGAAACAACUCUCCACCGUGGUGGCCUGCCUCCAGCAGGGGGAGCAGAACGCAGAAGAACAACAGCAGGAGUCGUACUACUCCAUCAGAGAAGAGAGUAGGAUCAACAGGAAUGAGAUAUCAACAGGGGAUGAGAUGGUCAUCCUCAGUGACACUGCUUCAGACGUCCUGGAAGGGAGCCCUGGCAGACUGUUGAUGAACGAGGCACUACUGGUAGAAAAGAUGAUUCUUGCCCUACAGAAGAGAGAAGGCAUUGCCCUCUUACAACUGGAGCCAAGUACCCAUGUUGGAGAUGUUGUGCAAAGAUUAAAACGCUUGACAUCUCAGAGAAUAGAUUUAAAGGAGGAACUAAACAGCAGCGAGUCUCUGAACUGUGCCAUUGGCAGAGUGUGUGCUGAGGCAGAGGUUAUAUACACAGCUUUUAAAUUGCAGGGGAAAUAUGGAACUUGCAGGCAAGCCCAGGAAAAGUGUCCUGAUCCAACCUUAUUAACUAAAACAAGCUUGGCAGAUGUUUGGCCGCCAGAGUUUGGUGCUCAUGAAGAGCUGGGAGAUCCAGAAGACGGAGGCAGAGAAGAGGCUAGCGAGUCCAUCAACAAGGACAAAGAACAACAAGUGGAGGCUAGACUCGUAUCCCAGCUCCAAAGAAGGGCUCAAACCUUACGGGAACUCUGCAAAGAGCUCUGCGAUAUCGAAGCAGGCAGUGAGAGCAAUGUCGACCAAAACGUGGACACUCCUUCCACUGCAGACUCUAAAUGGGUACGGGAACAGGCCAUCUUGAUCUACCUUUAUGAGCGACUCUACUUGGAUUUCAAUCUAGAAACGCUGCAACGCAAGGUGGAGCACGACCGACGGCGAGCACUGAGCCAAGAGCAGGAAGCGGUUCUUCUUGAGGAGCAGAAACAAUGCAGCCGGGACCUGGAACAGCUCCGACAGGAGAAGACUGUCCUCAGAACACAGCUGGAGGAACUCGAACAGAAGAGAACGGUCGCAGAGGCCGGCAACCACCAGCUUCUGGAGAACAUCCAGACCAUCGAGAACGACCACAGGGCAAGGAUCAUCAAACUGGAGAAGCAGUUCCAAGAAAAGAUCAGGGAGCUGCAGCGCAUCCACGAAGAAGAGAUGAAGCACUUGGUGGUCUACUUUUCCAAAUCCGCCUCCGUUUCUGACUCCAGCACAUCACCAUCGGACACGAGCAAACCCAACGCAGGCGUGGAGACCGUGGGACCAGAGGAACCUUCCUCCAGGGCAGAGGGGCAGCAGGCGGAGCUGGAGACGGAGGGCCAGACCGCAGGAGCGGAGCUGGGAGGCCAGGUGGGCGACAGCGCUGACACCUCGACCAUGAGGAAGGCGUACCAGGCAGACUUUGAAAAACUGAAGGCCUCGUGUGACCAGGGUAUCAGCGCCAUGGAGGAGAUGUACCGGCGGCUGGUGGAGGACCUGAGGCAGCAGCACACCAGGGAGGUGGCGGAGCUCCUCAAGGAGAAGGAGGAGCUGCUGGAGGAGGAGACGGCCGCCACCAUGGCAGCGAUCGUGGCGAUGAAGAGGACGCACCAGGAGGAGCUGAGGAGGAGCCGGCAGUCCCAGCAGCUGCUGGAGAGCGGGGACCUCGCCCGGCUGCACGCAGAACACCAGAAGGAGCUCCAGGCUCUGCGCGAGGAGCUGGAGGUCCUGUCGCUGCAGCACGCCCACCGCUGCGUGGAGAACGCCGAGAUGGUCCAGGAGCUCCAGAGGGAGAGGCGGGCCGGGGCCCGGAAGGAGAGCCAGGGGCCGGGGGACCAGGAGGAGAGCCAGGGGCCGGGGGACCAGGAGGAGGGCCAGGCUCCAGGAGGCGGAGCUACAGCGACUCAGACAAGAGGCUCAGAGGCUCAGAGUGGAGCUGAAGACAGCCCUCACGGUACACGUAGAGCUAUGGGGAUAGAGACACACCACAGCCUGAAGGAGGGCCUCUCCGUCCAGGACAAGAGGAAGCUGUUUGAGUCGUUGUGA